AUGGAGAAAUUGACACUACAUCCAGAUCAGAAUGCAUUAUAUACUGUCAUUAGUGCUCUAUGCAGAUAUGGCAAUAUUGAAGAGGCUGAGGAAUUCAUGCUAAAAAAUAAGAAGCUAUUUCCUCUUGAGAUUGAGGGCUUUAAUAUCAUUCUUCAUGGUUGGUGCAAUAUUAUUGUUGAUGUUGUUGAAGCAAAGAGAGUCUGGAGAGAGAUGGCAAGUUGCUGUGUUACACCUGAUGCAAUGUCUUACACACACAUGAUUUCCUGCUUCUCGAAGGUCGGAAACCUUUUUGAUUAUCUGAGACUCUAUGAUGAGAUGAAGAAAAGGGGAUGGAUCCCUGGCCUUGAUGUCUAUAAUUCACUGAUUUAUGUUAUGGCUCAUGAAAACUGUUUGAGUGAAGCUAUUUUGAGGACGGCUGGGAGGAGCUCUGGAAACGUUUCGGAGACGGAUCUUCUUCCAUUUUGA